AUAAUAAUAGCGCAGUGAGGGCAACAGUGACGCGCAUGAAGCUCCUCUCCGCCAUACUGACUAGUGGCAGCCGGCUAGCUGCACGAGAGGGCAGCUGCUGUUGAUUCAACUUUUAAGGAUGUUCAGGGGCCCUCAGAUCCUGGCUUGGUCUUGUCCCAUAAGGCCAUUGCUGCUAUUGAGAGAAUCCCACCUGUCUGCUUCCUCUGAGCGUGCUGGUGCUGGAUGGCAGGGCGCAGGAGCAGUGAAGGAAAGGAGAUAUGAAGGAAUCCGUGGGAGGAAGGAGGGGUCUUCAUUGUCCACAGAGGCUGCAUCCUGUUCAACUCAGCCGUCUGUAUUUAGCUUGGACUGUGAUAAUCAGCAGCUGAGAGAGGCUUCAUUUCAGAAACUCCAAUCCGAAGCCGUUUUGCCCAGCCAUCGUCGCCCCCCUCAGGUUUCUGCCUCUGCAAAGGCCAAACGAACGUCUGACUCUUGGGAAUGCACUGUAGUGGAAGAUUUAGGUCAGAAGCUGAAAGCUGUGACUUACCGGGACUGUUUAAUCAACACAACUCGCCCUCGACCCUGGAGAAGGCCUUGGGACGUUUGCCAGCCUUCACUCAGUUUCACCGAUAAGACUCGGUGUAACCUUCUUCAAAGUAAUUUAUAUCCGAGACAGCACUUUGUUAAACCUUUCAGCUUGUCGACACAUACGCACAACAGACCACCACCGUCCAGCCCGUCUUUUCACCCCGCAAGAGCUGUCCACCAGGCCGCCCCUCACGUGGCAGACGCCUGGACAGACUGUCUGUCCCCGGGGAAUGAAAGCAGGUGUCGACAGAGCCUGGGGCCCAACUGGAAGCUUUACGAGGUGGACAAGGGGAGAAAAGGGGUGAGCCAGGGAAAGAAGCAGGCGAAAUGGGCGUCAGUCCUGGUCUCUCUCUGCUCUGUUGAGGGGAAUCCGGCGUUCCUCUUCACUCUGCGCUCCAGCACACUGAAGGGCAGGCACAAGGGAGAUGUCAGCUUUGCAGGAGGAAAGAGUGAUCCGUCAGACAGAGAUGUGGUGGCGACAGCGUUGAGGGAAGCCAGAGAGGAGCUGGGUGUUAAUGUGGCAGCAGAGAGAGUGUGGGGCAUCCUGAAGCCUCUCAGGGACAUGUCUGGGAUGAUGAUUGCUCCUGUGCUCGCUAACCUCGGUCCCCUUGAGGAGUUGUCCUUCAAACCAAACCCUGGAGAGGUGGAGGAAAUUUUCACCCUGUCCUUGUCCCACCUGUGCAACCCUCAGAACCGUGGCUACACACACUUCCGCACCGGCGACAAGUACGGAUACACCCUCCCAGUGUUUCGGAACGGGAAGCAUCGAGUGUGGGGCCUGACAGCCGUAGCUCUAGACCAUACCCUGAAACUCAUCGUCCCUCCUUAGCAGCUCAAUCACACUCACAGUACUACAGCACAGCUAUCAUAUGACUCAAAGAUUUGAUUGUGACAAAUGUGCAAUCAAACUUUGUUUCUCAAAGUCAUGUCAGGAAUCGGUAUCAGUGGAUACAAAAUAUUUUCAUUCACUCACUCUCAUUUAUGAAUGUAGUUUCCUUUCAUUGUGGGAGUAUCACACUCAGGAGAAGGAUUGUUCCACUUGUGCACUUUCUGAGCCUCUAGUGUAUAAGGAUGUUUAUUGAAUGGAUCAGGUGAAUGAAGAUGAUGGUCAGCUGUGUUCAUGUCACUGAUAAAGAGCAGGUGUUGGAAGUCGUAUACCAGUAUUUAUUAUACCUGAUUAGACCCUGUCAGUAUAUACAUAUAUACACUAUGGACUACUUUAUUUUUUAAAUGCUUACACAUCUUUCUUUAAUUCGUCUGGAAAUCUGUAGCACCAGUCAUUAAUUAAAUUUGUUUUAACAAGUUAAAUCAAUGAGUUACUGAGAUAAUGUUGCCACAGGUUUCCAAUUAGUCUUGUGUUUGUUACAUUUAACAUGUAGGCUCAGUGAAUCAGAUAGGAGAGUUCAUAAUUUCCAGUGUGAUUCAAAUCAUGCCCCUUUUAUGUCACACUAGAUCCAAUCUGGACUGUUAAAAACAUCAUGUGUUGAUGUUGAACAGUGCAAUAAAGGUUUGUUUUUAAAGG